AGAGAGAGAGAGAGAGAUAGUCACUCGCAUAACAUCAGACGCAUCACACACUCUCAAGGAAUUUCUCUCUACCACCUUCUUUUUUCCUGUCGCUCCUCCCCCUCUUUUCACUUUUAAUUUCUUCUGUCUAUGUAUUUCAUCCCUCACUAUCUCCGACGUCUCUCCCUGCUCAGCUUCACCUAAAUUAUAGAUGCUGAAGCUGGAUGAAGACUGCGUAGAAGCGUCCACUGUGCUCUCUCUCUCGCUCUCGCUCUCUCUCGCUCUCUCUCUCACACUGACUCGCUCAUCUCUCUCUCAUCCCACUUCCCUCCUUCCCACCUGUUAGUCCCAGUCCGUCUGGCGCGGAAUUCCAGCCGUUUAUGAGAACUUUCACGCUCAGGCUAUCGCGCAGCUAGAUGACGGUGCAGAAAGGGAAGCGGAUGGCCAUCUCCAUCCAGGAGCACAUGGCCAUCAAUGUCUGCCCAGGCCCCAUUCGGCCAAUCAGGCAAAUCUCGGCCUACUUUCCUCGCCUCUCCCCAACAUCUUCCUUUUCUGAUUCGCUGUCGCCCAACCAGCCGGGGUUUCCGCCGGCUGGAGGAGGGGCUUCUGGGGGAGGGGGCCUGCUGUCCCCUCUGUCUCCGGGGGCAACUGGAGGCGGAGGGACGCUAUCCGUCAUGAGUAGCAUGGACACAUCAGUGGAGAUCGACAGCUGUGACAGCGAUGACAACACCUCUUUAGGCACGCUGGAGUUUGACCUGCUCUACGAGUCAGCCACAAGUUCCCUGCACUGCACCGUUCUCAAAGCCAAGGGUCUGAAGCCUAUGGACUUUAACGGGUUGGCUGACCCUUACGUGAAGCUACACCUGCUCCCUGGAGCCUGCAAGGCCAAUAAGUUGAAGACUAAGAUUGUGAAGAACACCCUGAAUCCCGUCUGGAAUGAGACUCUAACCUACUGCGGCAUCACAGAGGAGGACAUGUACAGAAAAACUCUCAGGGUGUCCGUGUGUGAUGAGGACAAGCUGACGCAUAAUGAGUUCAUUGGGGAGUCGAGGGUGGCCCUACGUCGAGUGAAGCCUAACCAACCCAAGCACUUCAACGUCUGCCUGGAACACCCACCCCCCCUGGCGUCUCCGACUGCUAUGAGCACAGCGCUCAGAGGGAUCUCCUGCUAUCUAAGAGAGUGGGAGACAGAGCAGCAGCGGAGCCUGGAGGAACGGGGCCGCUUGCUCCUGUGCUUGCAGUUUCUGCCACCAGCCCAGGACACCGAUGGUGGAGAGGUCCUACCAGAGGCCAAAGAGAGAGCCAAGGGUGGCCUGUGUGUGGGCGUCCGACGCUGCGCUCACCUAGCCGCUAUGGACGUCAAUGGCUUUUCUGACCCCUACGUCAAAACGUACCUCAAACCAGACGUGAAGAAGAAAUCAAAACACAAGACUGCUGUCAUUAAAAAAACACUGAACCCUGAGUUUAAUGAGGAGUUUUUCUAUGAGAUCACAUUCAACGAGCUGGCGACUAAGACACUGGAGGUUACAGUAUGGGACUAUGAUCUGGGGAAGUCUAACGAUUUUAUCGGGGGCGUGUCUCUCAGCUGUCAGUCGCAGGGCGACGCCCUCCAGCACUGGAUAGACUGUCUGAAGAACAAGGGCAAGAAGGUGGAGCGCUGGCACACACUGACCAACGACCUCCCCGGAUUCCAGGAAUGAAGAGGCCAAAGCUCAUGGCCGCUCGCCGGCCUUGUUUUCAUUAACAUCGGUCCGUUUUGCAGCUGAAUGGUUGUUCACAUCAAAUUAGCCACAGGCGACUAUCAUGCAGCCACGCUGUAUGAGCUCUGCUUCUAGGAGUUUGUGUUGGAAUCAGUCCCACAUGGAGGAACUUCAUGAGCUGGGGGGAACCAUUUCUGUUAUUACUCAAAUCUUCUUAAUCUCUGGGUUUUAUUCACAGCUAGGCUUUUUAUAUCUGUUCCGCUCUACCAACUCACUCCACUUCACAAUAACACGCCUCUGAAAUGCAAUUAGCUAUUGUUUUAUGAAGGUUAAUGAAACUGUUGUUUCACUGAUGCAUAAUCUCAAACGGUUUAUUCUAGGAUUUAUUGUAUAAGAUCGACCCUACGCAAAUGAGUUUUAAAUCUGGGCAGCUUUGAGAAGUAAUAUAUUUAAAAUGGUGCCAUAUUUUGGUUUUAAUGCAAUAAUGUCCAAGCUUUUUUUUGCAAUAAGGCACAGCCCUGUUUGACAACGCUUCCUACCAAUUCCUGCAGAAGUUGUCUUAAAUCCAGACAUGCAGUUUUAAAGAAAUCGCCAGUGAACUGCUUGCUGCUGAUGUUGUAAAUUACAGUUGUUCUUUAUUUAAUGAAGAAUAAGCAAUGACGUCCUCGCUAAUGGUAUGUUCGUGUAUAUUGUUCGGCAUGCUCGGUGUGUUGAUAUGGCUUUUCCUUUUCUAUGUUUCUCUUUCGGAAUGCAGCCGCCACUCCUAAUGUGUUUCUGAGAGGGGGGAUUAAAAGAAUGCGGCUGUCUUUUUGGACCUACUUUGGAUUGGGCCAUUGCUACUCCAUGAGCAGCUCAGCAGUGCCAUGCUUGGCAGAUUCACUGCAUUACAGAAGCAGUUCUGAAUUCUCUCUCUCUCUUAACGCCUCUUAUGUCGCUCUUAUUUAAGGCCAGUUCCAAGAAUUGUUCUACAUUUCUGCAACGUUCAAUGAUCGAAAUGUAAACACAGCCAUUCAGAGUGGCUUGAUGUGAAAUGGUACACUGUAGAGAAACUUACAGACUCAGAUUUCUUUACAGUGGUGGUGAAUGGAACCAGGGGUCACAAUGUCUACCACACAAUCAUAGCCAUUUUCUUUGCUGCCCAAAGCAAUUCGUGAACUUACACUUGGAAUGUUGAUAACGAUAGUUGUGAUAAAUAGUGAUAAAUCUACAAAAAACUAAGUUUGUUUGGGGAGUACUUUGGCCAUACUGCACUCUCAAGCAGUGUAUUUGUAACCACUCCAUAUAUUAACUUUAAGGGAUGCACCCAAAGUUCGGCGACCGGAAAAGGUUGGUGUGAAAAAGGUUGAAAGUGGCAUUUUGGUUUCCAUCUUGUUGGCCCAAAAAGCGUCAAACGGUUAAAUAGGCAUGCUUUCCUGCACAGUUCAAACAGUUGGAGCAGCAGAAAAACAGUGAAAAACUCAAGCGCUGUCCCCAGCGGCUCUGUUUAUAGUUUGUAACAGAAAUCACAUUAGUAACACAGUGGAACUCAAUAUCUUUUGGUAAUAAACUUUCUUGCCUUUCAUUUUGGAAGUUUGUUUGUUAGGUGAUAUUUACACUACCAAGCUGAAGUGGCACAAAUCAGAAUUUUUGCUUUUAUUGGUGAUCGGAUCAUGCACGGAUUUUACUUGAUUGCAGGAAAAGCCAGGUGUAAACACCCCCUGGUGCAUCGUGAUAGUAUUACAGUCUGUCAUACCACAUUCAGAGCUGGUCAGAGAUGGAUCUUGACUGCAUUUACACAUGUAACAGGUGUAAAUGGAUUAUGUAUUCAUAUACAAUUAUAAGACCAGAAAUGCUUCUGCCGAGCGUUGACCAGCCGGUGACCGGAUAAACGACUAAACAAAAGAUGGAGGACCCGUAAGUUUCCCCAAACUAGGAGCCUUCUUGAACUCCAGGUCGAUACAGAUCUCCAAGCUUAGCUUGUCCACUCAUAUCUUAAUGGGGAAAACAGUAAACAAAAGUAAAAUGAAAACGAUGCACGUGCUAAUGUGCUUUUAUUAACGUGGGAAGUAAACUUGGAUCUUCUCUGGCCACACACAUUGUAGUGAUUUUAGUAAAUGGAAUCUGGCCAAGGUUUAUCCAGAUAUGAUCAGGACAUGAAACACAUUAAUGCAAGGUGUAAACAGGCUCAGAGCUGAUUUUUCCUGAGCUGUGUGGACACAAAAAUCAGAUCUUUUCAAAUCAGAUCUGAGAUAUAUGGUCACGAGAUAGAUGCUUGUUCAGACUGCCAGCCCAAGUCCAAUAUUUGGCGUAUUCAGAUUGAAUCCAGAUUGAUUGUUGAUAGUCUGGACAGCAACAAAGCGCAUGAGGACAAGUCUCAGUCUCGACGCUCUGGACGCUCAAAUUGGAUUUCAGAGUAUCUUUUAUGUCACUCGCAACACGAUAAACAACUAUGAUCUCAAAUCCAGACUGACGGAAUUGCUGGGAUUCAAGAAGAGCACCAAGGAUUAAUACUUACGCCAGAGAACCCCGAAGAGUUUGGAGGGCCAGAUGAUGCACCUCCAUCUCUCCUGCAUCCAUGUUUGAAAUUGGUGUCCUGUACAGUUGCUAUGAAGUUACUAACGCCCACAUUGUUACCACGGCAACCCAUGCGGAUAGACUGGUGAUGUCAGACACAGAAAUUUGUAGGCUGUGUUCAGACUGCAGGCAAAUCGGAUUUUUAUCUUAAAUAUGAUAUUUGGCAUAUCCGGAUUGUGUCCAGAUUGAUUUUUGAUUGUCAGGACAGCAAAAAAAACACAAUCAUAUUUGUGCAAACUGCAUCUAAACCAUAUUUGGAGGUGGUUCGAAAUGUGAUUACAAUCGGAUUUUUAUAAUUACAUCUCAGUCUGGAUGCUAUGGACACUCAAAUCGGAUUUCACAGUGUCUUUUACAUUAAUUGCAACAGGACAAACAGCAAUGGUGUCAAAUCCAGAGUGACAGAAGUGCUGGGAUUCAAGAAGAGCGCCAAAAAUUCAUGCUCAUGCCAGAGAAUUCAGACGAGUUUGGAGGGUGAGGUGAUGCAUCUCCGUCUCUCCUGUAUCCAUGUUUGAAAUCCAUGUCACCAGCAUGACUACGUCCGAUCUGAUCCCUUACAAAUAACUGCACUCAGUCCUCUCAAAAGAUCUUUCUGGAGAAACAAAUCCGAUUUGCCUGCAGUGUGAACAUAGCUUCAGUGUCUCGGAUCUGAAUCGUUAUAAUCAGAUUUGUGUGUUUACACAGCGCUGAAAACACCAGAUCUGUUUCACACUAGGGUAAAAAAUCUGAUUUGCUCCACUUCAGCCUGCUAAUGUAAAAGCGGCUGUAAUAAACAGCUGAGAGUUGAUCAGAGCAGAUUAUCUUCAUGAUGAAGGCUUUUCCUGCUGGUUAGUUUUUGUGUAGUAACUUACACUGAUGUGAACUCUUACGUUCGAGAAAUCGGAUUUGAGCAACUGAAUUGAGCAGCGAGGCUUGUAAUGUGAACAUAAGAUCUUGCUGAGGCUUGAGGCCAUUUCUCUCUAAAUGACAAGCACUAAAGCGACUUGUGUGCUAAUAGCGCCCUCUCAUGGAGAAACUUGAUUCUGAAUUAUUAUGUUUCAUGCAUAAUUUUACAAGUUGUAAUAUUUUACAUUAUUUAUCCAGCUGUUUACAAUUAAGUUAGUGCUGUAGUUCUCAGUUUUCCAUUAAGAAUUCAGGCGUGGUUAAGAAUUUUCAUGUCAGUGCAUCAAGUGCACCUGUUAUGUAGCUUUUAAAGGCAUGAAACUCUUCAGACGUCUGGUUCCAUUCAUCACCACUGUGAACCAUUCUGACUGUAGUUUGUCUAGAACACACUGAAUGACUCUGAAUACAUAUUCACUGGUUAAUCAGGCAGAAAUUUUGAAAAGUUGUUGGAAUUCCCCUUCAUUCCAUGAACUUUAGUGGUGACUUAUAUCGCUACAAAUGCCAUGCGAUGUAUUAAAAAUGCAUUUGCAACCCCUUGGAUGUGAUUAAAGACUGGCCUGUACUAUUUUGACCAAAGUGAUUUCCAUUGGUUGGAUCAAAUUAAUGCUUCGAACAUCCAAAGAACACCUGUGAUUGGUCAGGAUGCUCACAGCAUAUGGUAAAAUAUGGAGUGAUUGGUUUGCAUUUGCAUAUUUCAGUCAGCCGUGAUAUCAGUGUUCAGUAUGAAGGCUCAUGUCAUGAAAAUGAAUCACAAACAAUAUAAUGCAGACCUAAUUAGAGCUAAUUAGAAGCACUGAUUACUUCCCGAAUAGUUCAGUUUCAGCAGAAGUCAUAACAUCGUCCCGAUCACUGCUCUUAUAACAAAACCCUAAUUAACGUGACAUUCCGGCCCAAAGUUAAUCAUCGGUUUGACGGACGGAAUUCACGAUUAUGUCUCAUUUUUGUGUUUGCACUACAAUUCCCAGCAUGCUUUACACAAAUACAGCAUCCAGCCACUGGGAAUCCCAAGGAAAUAAAAUAUAGGGGCUGGUAUACCAACGUGAUACCCAGCUUCCUAGCGCUAACGUUAGCUAUCUGGCCAGCAAGCAGGAAACAAAACACAUUUCAAACAUCCCACCCUCAAAAAAGGAGUUGUAGUUCCCCCCCUGACCUUCAGAUUACAUCAUCGGGGGGGGGUGGUUAGCAUUUAGUUUGGAAAGUCUCACUCUAUAGACCACUGUGGCACCACUGGAGGAGGUGCGUAGGCAUGUUUACAAAAGAUUUAAGCAACACUUCCAUUUCUCAGUUUAAUUCUAUUGCCCCUUUAUUAUUGGGUUCUAUUAGCCCCUUUAUUAUGAUGAUAUUUUAUAUUUAUCUAUUGUUCCAUUCAUCCUGAUACGUUCACACAGUGGAAAAGCCAGCAGUCGCACUGGUUUUGAUAUGACAGCAACAAUAUCGCUGCUGUCCAUAGAAAUCCUGGUAUCUCCAAAAUGGUGACUUUACAGGAGAAGGAAAAAACCUACAUCACUUUUAAUGCAAGUCAAUGGAACCAGACGUCUUUCCAAGUCAUUUUGGGCCAUUUCUUCAAAGGUCAAAAACGACAAAAUUGGAGAUAAGAGGUUUUCUUCCGACAGCAGCAAUAUAUUCAACAAAUGUGGUGAGUUUUCGGUUCUCCUUUGUUUUGUUUACUCUGUAAAAAUGAUAAUCCAUAUCAGAUGUAUACGGUUUGUACACUUAUACCUGAUCUUUUAUUUUACUGGCUGUUGGAAAGGUUUCCUUUCUCUGUCCGUUUGUUGAAGCGUUUCAGUUUUGUGAACGGAGCAUGCUGUUGCUUAUUAAUGCAUGUGUCAUAACUGGAAUAAUAACAGAUGUGUGUUUGUACGUUUCUCUGCUGUUGCGGUCUUCCUCUCAAAUGAUGAUGUGAAACAAUAUGAUGAUGCAUUUAGUGCAUUUCUGUACACUGGUUGUUCGUCACCGUGCCUGGAAUGAUGCAUGAAUGUUUCCUUUUCCAAAGUGAGCCUGUUCUGUCUCCUCAUUUCAAAGACUUUUCUUAAAAAUAAAUGGUGAUUUGCUUCAAA